AUGCGCAGGAACGGCUGCGCAGGAACGGCUGCGCAGGAACGGCUGCGCAGGAACGGCUGCGCAGGAACGGCUGCGCAGAAACGGCUGCGCAGGAACGGCUGCGCAGGAACGGCUGCGCAGGAACGGCUGCGCAGGAACGGCUGCGCAGAAACGGCUGCGCAGAAACGGCUGCGCAGGAACGGCUGCGCAGGAACGGCUGCGCAGGAACGGCUGCGCAGGAACGGCUGCGCAGGAACGGCUGCGCAGGAACGGCUGCGCAGGAACGGCUGCGCAGGAACGGCUGCGCAGAAACGGCUGCGCAGUAACGGCUGCGCAGGAACGGCUGCGCAGGAACGGCUGCGCAGGAACGGCUGCGCAGGAACGGCUGCGCAGGAACGGCUGCGCAGAAGCGGCUGCGCAGAAGCGGCUGCGCAGAAGCGGCUGCGCAGAAGCGGCUGCGCAGAAGCGGCUGCGCAGAAGCGGCUGCGCAGAAGCGGCUGCGCAGAAGCGGCUGCGCAGAAGCGGCUGCGCAGUAGCGGCUGCGCAGAAGCGGCUGCGCAGAAGCGGCUGCGCAGGAACGGCUGCGCAGGAACGGCUGCGCAGGAACGGCUGCGCAGGAACGGCUGCGCAGGAACGGCUGCGCAGGAACGGCUGCGCAGGAACGGCUGCGCAGGAACGGCUGCGCAGGAACGGCUGCGCAGGAACGGCUGCGCAGGAACGGCUGCGCAGGAACGGCUGCGCAGGAACGGCUGCGCAGGAACGGCUGCGCAGGAACGGCUGCGCAGGAACGGCUGCGCAGGAACGGCUGCGCAGGAACGGCUGCGCAGAAGCGGCUGCGCAGAAGCGGCUGCGCAGAAGCGGCUGCGCAGAAGCGGCUGCGCAGAAGCGGCUGCGCAGAAGCGGCUGCGCAGAAGCGGCUGCGCAGAAGCGGCUGCGCAGAAGCGGCUGCGCAGAAGCGGCUGCGCAGAAGCGGCUGCGCAGAAGCGGCUGCGCAGAAGCGGCUGCGCAGAAGCGGCUGCGCAGAAGCGGCUGCGCAGAAGCGGCUGCGCAGAAGCGGCUGCGCAGAAGCGGCUGCGCAGAAGCGGCUGCGCAGAAGCGGCUGCGCAGAAGCGGCUGCGCAGAAGCGGCUGCGCAGAAGCGGCUGCGCAGAAACGGCUGCGCAGAAACGGCUGCGCAGAAACGGCUGCGCAGAAACGGCUGCGCAUAAACGGCUGCGCAUAA